AUGAUAAAAUCUGAUAAAUUUAUCGCGAGUUCCGUAGCUAAAAUCGAUAGUUUUCUUGAUAUUUUAGAAUCUUCAGACGGCGAUGUCGUCCAGGCUUCCGCUUCGAGCAAAAGGUGUUAUAAUUACGUCGCUAAACCGGAAGAGACCGGAACUACAACUUUUGAUAAUCCUUCGGUUAUGGUUAAACGGCGUAGAGGAUCUGGUUCUCUCUCAAUCCCAAUGACCCGGGGUGGCUCCCUUCUGGAGGAAUCCUCCGCUUCUCGCCACGUGACUUCGAACGUCGUCCAUACAAUAAUGCAAAAUAUGGACUUUACUCGUGGCAAGGGCCUGGGUAAGAAAAAUCAUUUUAUCGCUGAGCCCAUUCAGGCUUCUUUGCAUAAGGGUCGACGAGGUUUGGGUCAUAGUAACCAAGCUCUGAUCAAAGCCAUUGGGAAAUGGGAUCCAUCCCAAGAAAUCAUAAGCGUUAGGGAGAAAAUCUACUGGUUGAGAAAUGAUCAGGAACCACCAAUAGCAGAGGAUUUCAGGGGUUGGAUGCGCAGGGCUCCCUGGAAAAAGACCAUUGAUGAUGAAACUUUAUUUUGCGAGCCCCAGAUCCUUCACCAGGUCAUAAGCUCGAAGAGCAUUUUCGAUGGUUUAGAAAAAUCUGAAAUACAAAGGGCGAGGAUUCAUUCGAAUCCCUUUGAAACAAUCAGAGGUGUAUUUUUUCUUAAUCGAGAUGCUGUAAAAAUGGCUAAUAUUGACAGAGCCUGCAAUUUCAUGUUCACUAAUCCAACAACGGCAAAUCCAAAUGAGAUCCUCUACUUCGCCGACGUAUGCGCCGGUCCUGGAGGAUUCAGUGAAUAUGUCCUGUGGAGGAGGAAGUGGCAUGCAAAGGGCUUUGGGUUCACCCUGAGGGGCUCCAACGACUUUCAAUUACAUAACUUUUACGCUGGACCACCAGAAACUUUUCAUCCUUUUUAUGGACCCAAGGGUGAUGGUAAUAUUUAUGAUCUGGAGAAUCAACUCGCCUAUCAACAACUUAUCAUGAAUCAUACCCAAGGACAGGGUGUUCACUUCAUGAUGGCUGAUGGAGGAUUUUCGGUUGAGGGAAUAGAAAGUAUUCAGGAGAUUUUGUCGAAACAGUUAUACUUGUGCCAAUGCCUGGUGGCCCUUAAGAUUGUGCGGACAGGUGGACACUUUGUUACUAAAUUGUUCGAUCUGUUCACACCAUUCAGCGUGGGAUUGAUUUACUUGCUAUACAGAUGCUUUGAAAAAAUAUCAAUUUUCAAGCCGAAUACAUCUAGACCUGGCAACUCUGAAAGGUACUUGAUUUGCGAGAAGAAGAAGAGUGAAAUUGAGGCUGUGAUCAACUAUCUUUCAUAUGCUAGGGAAGUUCUUCUGAGGGCUGACGGGAACGGCGAUAUCAGGGAAUUGGUACCUGUGGAGUUGCUCCAAGAUGCCGAUAGCUUCUACAACUAUAUUUGUAGUUCCAACAACGAUCUGGGAAGGAAACAAGUGAUGGGACUCUUGAAGAUCGCUGCCUUUGCCGAGAAUCGGAACCUCUCUGAGCCGAAGCAGACGCAGAUGAAGAAGGAGUGUCUUGAAUAUUGGCAUCUACCGGACCAGACUAGAAUAGUCCCCAUGCUCUUGAAACCAGAGGAGAGACUUCGUUCAAUCGUCGUCGAAUCUGUUGUAAAGUACCUGAGCGCUCCUCCCAUGAUUUUGACUUCUAAGAAUGUGACAACGACUAUCCUGGAAAAUCCCUGUGAUUGGUAUGCAGUACUCUGUGGAUCGGAUGCCAGUGGAACAACACCUAGCAAACAAUUGACUUUCUACUUGGGUAUGGGAAGAACCAAUGUCUUUAGGUUGGUGAAGAAUACCUGGGAGAGGGCCGACAAUAUUGAACUGCCUCCUAAUACAUUUGUUUAUGCUGAACUGGUGGAGGAGAUGAGAGGACUGGAAAAUAAUAUCCGGAGAACUGAAGCAUUGCAUAUUGUCGAUGCGUAUCUCCUGGGAGGAGAGGAUGUCAGCAGAAAUUCACUUCCAGAAAGGUAUGCUCUCAUCAAUAAAUUCUGUGAGUCUCUGUGGAAGCCCAAUAACUCUGCAUAUUGUCCAGUUCGUGCCAAGGAAUUGCAUCCUCUGGAUCGUGAGUUACCCAUGAAACUUCAUGUACAACCGUGUACAUUGAUAAACAAGAAGAAAUUAUUAGUACAUUAUCUACAAGAUUCAUACCCGAGGAGGACACGCCCCGAUAACGAUCCACUAUCCUUUGUACCAAAUAGUGUGGUAUUCUUGAAGACAACUAGUGCACCCUGGACACGAAUUAUCAGUAGGAAAACUAGCCAUCAUUAUUACUUCAAUUCUAUGACGAAUGAAAAUUUUUAUGCUAAUCGUCGACCAGAAUCAGCUUGUGCUAGCUUCCUCGAGACAUUUGUCACUCGAAUUAGUGACAUAGAUUCAUCAAUACUUAGGAAGAAUUAA